CUGACCGCCCACUCCACCCGCCGUGCUGCUCGCCACCCUCCCUCAGCGACAGACGAGCCGCCGCUCCUUCGCACCGCCGUGGUCCUCUGCGCCGCUCCCGGCCCGUUCCCUGUUCUCGGCCCCGGUCCCGUUCUUGCACGCCCCCUUGCGCCGGACUGCUCUCGCACCGCGACAGCCUGCAGCGGCCCGGCUGCUCGCCGCAUCUCCUUCCCUCGGCCGUGCGCUAGCGCCGCUGCGCCGCCGCCGCCAUGCCGCCGAAGAAGCAGGACCUCUCGGGCUACCAGUACAGCGCCAUCUCGUCGCUCGUCACGCAGACCGACCGCCGUCUCGUUGACCGCCACGACAAUGAGCCGACCGGCGCGCCCGAGACGCUCGUCGGGCGCAUCGACCCCAAGGCGAUGGGCUCGCGCGCCGGCCGCGAGGGCAUCAAGGACCUCGACAAGAAGCGCAAGAAGGCCGAGGAGGACGGCGAGGUGCGGCGGCCACGGCCCGCGACCGGCCAGGCCGCCGUCGGGCAGGGCUAUGCCGACGUGCUGCAGGCCACCGCCGACAUCGAGGGCCUCUCGUACGUGCCGCGCACCGCCGAGACGCGCGAGACGUACGAGAUGAUCCUCAACAUGACGCUGCGCGCGCUCGGCGACCAGACGUCCGACGUCGUGCGUUCUGCCGCCGACGGCGUCAUCGAGACGCUCAAGCUCGACGACCUGCGUGACUCGGAGAAAGCCAAGGAGAUCGAGUCGAUUCUCGGCGUGAAUCUCGACGCCGAGACGUUUGGGCAGCUGCUGAACCUGUCGAAGAAGCUCACCGACUACUCGGUCGAGGGCGAGGAGACCGGCGACCCCGACGCUGACCGGAGAGGCGCUCUCGAUGAGGACGGCGUGGCCGUGCUGUUUGAGAACGAAGAGGAGGAGGAGGAUGACAAAGAGCAGGACACGUACGUCGUACGCGAGGAGAGCGACGACGAGGACGAGGAUGCUGCGCCGAAGGACGAGGACGCGGCAGAGGAGGCGCAGGACGGAGCCUCGGACGCGUCUGGCGAGGAGAAGCUCGUCAUUGGCGAGCGGAAUGGCACGGCGGCAGGGCGAGGGGCAGCAGGCGCGGACACUGGCGUCCUGUCGCCACACCAGGUCGACUCGUUCUGGCUGCAGCGGCUGCUCACCGGCGCGUACCCCGACGCGCACGAGGCCACAGAGAAGGCCAGCCGCGCGCUGGAUAUCCUCGGCCACGACACGAGCGCGCGCGACGCUGAAAACGACCUGAUGGAGCUGUUCGACUACGACAAGUUCGACAUCGUGCAGACGCUCAUCCGCAACCGCGAGGUCGUGGUGUGGUGCACGCGCCUCGGCCGCGCCGACGAGACGUCGCGCGCCGACGUCGAGGUGGAGAUGCGCGAGCGCGGCGUGGGCUGGAUCCUCAAGGCGCUGCGCGGCGACACCAAGUCGGGCGCGGCGCCGGCGGGCCUGGUGCCGAUGGACAUCGACGACGAUGCCAAGGCGCGUGCGCACCGCAUCACCACGGCCGCCACGCUGGCGCCGGGCUCGACGCUGGCGCCGCGCAAGGGUGUCGACCUCGAGGCGAUGGCGUUCAGCGCAGGCGGGCAUCUCAACUCGAAUGCCAAGGUGCGGCUGCCCGAGGGCAGCUACAAGCGCAGCAAGAAGGGCUACGAGGAGAUCCACAUCCCCGCGCCGACGAAGCGUACCGUGCCCGAGAACGAGAUCGUGCCCAUCUCUGCGCUGCCGGCGUGGGCGCAGAGCGCGUUCCCCGGCGCCAAGGCGCUGAACCCGGUGCAGUCGCGUUGCUACCCGAUUGCGUUUGGCGAGGACGAGCCGAUGCUGCUGUGCGCGCCGACGGGCGCGGGCAAGACGAACGUCGCGAUGCUGACGAUGCUCAACGAGAUGAGCAAGUGGCGCGACGAGCGCACCGGCGCGUUCGACCUCAACGCCUUCAAGAUCGUCUACGUCGCGCCGAUGAAGGCGCUCGUCGCCGAGCAGGCCGAGAACUUCCGCGCGCGCCUCAGCCACUACGGCAUCACCGUCAACGAGCUGACGGGCGACAGCCAGCUGACGAAGCAGCAGAUUGCCGAGACGCAGGUCAUCGUCACGACGCCGGAGAAGUGGGACGUCAUCUCGCGCAAGAGCACGGACACCAGCUACACGAACCUCGUGCGGCUCAUGAUCGUCGACGAGAUCCACCUGCUGCACGACGACCGCGGGCCGGUGCUCGAGUCGAUCAUUGCACGCACGAUCCGCAAGAUGGAGCAGCUCAACGACCCCGUGCGGCUCGUCGGCCUCUCGGCGACGCUGCCAAACUACAAGGACGUCGCCACGUUCCUGCGCGUGAACCCGAAGCGCGGCCUGUUCUACUUCGAGGCGGCCUACCGGCCGUGCCCGCUGAAGCAGGAGUACGUCGGCAUCACGGAGAAGAAGGCCAUCCGGCGCUUCCAGGUGAUGAACGACGUGUGCUACGAGAAGACGCUUGAGCAGGCGGGCAAGAACCAGGUGCUCAUCUUCUGCCACUCGCGCAAGGAGACGGCCAAGACGGCCAAGUUCAUCCGCGACCACGCCAUGGAGAACGACACGCUGCAGCAGUUCCUGCCGCAGAGCUCGGCCAGCCGCGAGGUGCUCCAGACUGAGCUGGAGAACGUCAAGGACGCGAACCUGCGCGACGUCAUGCCGUACGGCUUCGGCAUCCACCACGCCGGCAUGAACCGCGCCGACCGGCAGCUGGUCGAGGACCUGUUCGGCGACGGCCAUCUGCAGGUGCUCGUGUCCACGGCGACGCUGGCGUGGGGAGUGAAUCUGCCGGCGCACACCGUCAUCAUCAAGGGCACGCAGAUCUACAAUCCCGAGAAGGGUCGCUGGUGCGAGCUGUCGCCGCAGGACAUGCUGCAGAUGCUCGGCCGCGCCGGCCGGCCGCAGUACGACACGUUCGGUGAGGGCAUCAUUAUCACGAACCACGAUCAGCUGCAGUACUACCUCAGCCUGCUCAACCAGCAGCUGCCGAUCGAGUCGCAGCUCGUGUCGAAGCUCGCCGACAACCUCAACGCCGAGAUUGUGCUCGGCACGAUCCGCAACCGCGACGAGGCCGUGGCGUGGCUCGGCUACACGUACCUCUACGUGCGCAUGCUGCGCACGCCCGCGCUCUACUCGAUCACCGCCGACUACGCCGACGACGACCCGUUCCUGGAGCAGAAGCGCGCCGACAUCAUCCACUCGGCCGCGGUGAUCCUGGAGAAGUGCGGCAUGCUGCGCUACGACCGCAAGACGGGCCAGUUCGCCACCAACGACCUGGGCCGCGUCGCGUCGCACUACUACAUUGCACACACGAGCAUGGCGACGUAUCUGCAGCACCUCAAGCCGCACCUCGGCAUGAUCGAGCUGUUCCGCAUCUUUGCGCUCUCCGACGAGUUCAAGCACCAGAUGGUGCGGCAGGACGAGAAGCUCGAGGUCGGCAAGCUGCUGGAGCGCGUGCCGAUCCCGGUCAAGGAGACACUCGAGGACCCCGCCGCGAAGAUCAACGUGCUGCUGCAGACGUGGAUCUCGCAGCUGAAGCUCGAGGGCUACGUGCUGGCCGCCGACAUGGUGUACGUCACGCAGUCGGCGGGCCGCAUCCUGCGCGCGCUGUUUGAGAUCUGCCUGCGCCGCGGCUACGCGCGCCUGAGCCACGUCGCGCUCGACCUCUGCAAGAUGGUCGAGGGCCGGCAGUGGGGCUCGAUGACGCCUCUGCGUCAGUUCAAGGGCGUGCCGCCGGGCCUCGUGCGCCGCCUCGAGCGCAUGGAGUACCCGUUCAACCGCCUGCGCGACCUCGAGCCCAACGAGAUCGGCGAGCUGAUCGGCGAGCCCAAGGCCGGCCGUCUGGUGCACCGCCUCGUGAACCAGUUCCCGCGUCUCGAGCUGCAGGCCUUCUUCCAGCCGAUCACGCGCUCGCUGCUGCACGUGCAGCUCACCAUCACGCCGGACUUCCAGUGGGACGAGAAGCACCACGGCGGCGCGCAGAGCUUCCACAUCAUCGUCGAGGACGUCGACGGUGAGGCGGUGCUGUUCCACGACACGUUCCUGCUGCGCCAGCGCUACGCGCAGGAGGAGCACUCGGUCACCUUCACCGUGCCGAUGACCGACCCGGUGCCGCCGAACUACUACAUCUCCGUCGUUAGCGACCGCUGGCUGCAGAGCGAGGUGCGCCUGCCGAUCUCGUUCAAGAACCUCAUCCUGCCCGAGAAGUUCCCGCCGCACACGCGCCUCGAGGACCGGCAGCCCAUGCCCGUCCGGUCGCUGGAGAGCGGCGAGGCGCAGGCGCUCUAUGCCGAUGCGUUCGACACGUUCAACAAGAUCCAGACGCAGACGUUCCACUCGCUCUACGAGACGGACGACUCGACGUUCGUCGGCGCACCGACGGGCAGCGGCAAGACGGUCUGUGCGGAGCUCGCGAUGAUGCGCCUCUGGGCCGAGAGCCGGUCACGCGGCGACGAGCAGACGCCGCGCACGGUGUGCAUCGUGCCGUUCGACGCCAUGCUGCCGCCGCGCGUGGCCGAGUGGAAGGCCAAGUUUGCGUCCUUCGGCGGCGGCAAGGAGAUCGUCGGGCUCACCGGCGAGACGAGUGCCGAUCUGCGGCUGCUCGAGCUGGCCGACGUCGUGAUCGCGACGCCUGAGCAGUGGGACGUGCUCUCGCGCCGCUGGCGCCAGCGCAAGAAUGUGCAGUCCGUCGGCCUGUACAUCGCCGACGAGGUGCAGAUGCUCGGCGACUGGCGCCUCGGGCCGACGUACGAGAUCGUCCUGUCGCGCGCGCGCUUCGUGGCCGCCCAGACGGGCAACAAGACGCGCUUCGUCGCGCUCAGCGUGCCGCUGGGCAACGCGCGCGACCUGGGCGACUGGCUGGGCUGCCCGGCCGCGUCGGUGUACAACUUCUCGCCGGCCGCACGGCCAGUGCCGGUCGAGGUGCACCUGCAGAGCUUCUCGAUUCCGCACUUCCCCUCGCUCAUGAUCGCCAUGGUCAAGCCGGCGUACCUGGCCAUCGUCGAGCACGCGGCCGACUCGCCCGUGCUCGCAUUUGUGCCCUCGCGCAAGCAGACGAAGCUCACGGCCAACGACCUGCUCUCGUACGUGCUUGCCGACAGCGAGCGCGAGGGCGGCGAGAGCCGCUUCCUCAACAUCGAGGCCGACGACCUCAAGCCGCACCUGGCGCGCCUGCAGGACCGCGACCUGGCCGAGACGCUCGAGCACGGCAUCGGCUUCUACCACGAGGGCCUGUCGCGCGGCGACCGCACCAUCGUGGAGCGCCUGUACAACGCCGGCGCGAUCCAGGUCGUGAUCGCGAGCAAGGAGGUCGCCUGGUCCAUUCCGCUCACGGCGCACCUCGUGCUCAUCCUCAGCGUGCAGUCGUACGAGGGCAAGGAGCACCGCUACAUCGACUAUCCGCUCACGGACGUGCUGCAGAUGGUCGGGCGCGCCACGCGCAUCGGCGCCAGUGGCCAGGGCAGCCGCUGCGUGCUGCUCUGCCAGGCGACGCGCAAGGCCUUCUUCAUGAAGUUCCUCGCCGAGGGCCUGCCGGUCGAGAGCCGGCUGAGCUCGUACGCGCAGGACUUCUUCAACGCCGAGAUCGUCGCGCGCACUAUCGACGACAAGCAGAGCGCCGUCGACAUCCUCACGUGGACGCUCAUGUACCGGCGCCUGCAGCAGAACCCGCAGGCGUACAACUGCCAGGGCUCGUCAAUGCAGCACAUCGGCGAUUUCCUCUCCGAGCUCGUCGAGACGACGCUGGCCGACCUCGAGAACGCCAAGUGCAUCACGAUCGAGGACGAGAUGGACGUGGCGCCGCUGAACCUGGGCAUGAUCUCGAGCUUCUACAACAUCUCCUACGUCUCGAUCGACGUCUUCAACAUGUCGCUCAAGGAGCGCACGAAGAUGAAGGGCCUGCUCGAGAUUGUCAGCUCGGCGGCCGAGUUCGAGGACAUUCCGAUCCGGCAGCACGAGGACGUGGUGCUGCGCCGCAUCUACGACCGCCUGCCGCACAAGCUCGAGAAGAUCAACCUCCAGAGCCCGUAUCACAAGGUCUUUGUGCUGCUGCAGGCGCACUUUGCGCGCCUCUCGCUGCCGCCGGACCUGGAGAGCGACCAGAAGCUGAUCCUCGGCAAGAUCCUGAAUCUGCUGAGCGCCUGCGUCGACGUCAUGAGCUCAAACGCGUACCUCAACGCGCUCGUCGCCAUGGAGCUGAGCCAGAUGUGCGUGCAGGCCGUGUGGGACCGCGACUCGCCGCUGCGGCAGGUGCCGCACUUCACGCCCGACGUCAUCGAGCGCUGCAAGGCGCGCGGCAUCGAGGAUGUGUUUGCGCUCGGCGACACGCUGCCCGACCUCUCGGACAAGGAGCGCGACGCGCUGCUGCAGAUGGACAAGCGGCAGCUCGCCGACGUUGCGCGCUUCACCAACGCCUUUCCCUACGUCGAGGUGUCCUUUGAGAUCGAGGAGCAGGACGCGCUCUCGGCCGGCGCGCCGAUUACGCUCAACGUGACGCUAGCGCGCGACGAGGACGACGAGGACGACGAGGAGCCGGCGGACCCGACCGUCGUGGCGCCGUACUACCCGAACCGCAAGCUGUGCAACUGGUGGCUCGUCGUCGGCGACCCGGGCGCGCGCACGCUGCUCUCCAUCAAGCGCGUUACCAUCACAAAGACGCUGCAGACGAAGCUCGAGUUCACGCUGCCCAAGGGCGUGCACAGCCGCCUCAAGCUCUUCCUCAUGUCCGACUCGUAUCUCGCCGCGGACCGCGAGCUGGAGCUGCCCGCGCUGGAUGUGGCCGAGGGCGAGGACAGCGACGAGGACAGUGACGAGUCGUCGGCCGCCGCGUCCGACGACGACGAGGACACCGAGAUGGCCGAGGCCUGAGGAGACGUGUUCCGCCCUCCUGCCCGCGCAUGACUGCUUCCUGCUUCACCCCUGUACUCUAGACUUGACGUCGCAAAACUGCCUCCUGACCCAC